ACUGUUCCGAAGUUGGUACCGUGUUUCCAGAGGCCCUAGGGUGAUCCAAGCGCUACCCUUUCUCCUUGCCACAGUUAUGUGGGGAAGGGGGAGAGACUUGGGACCCCCUCUUCUACCCGCCCCUUUUCCAGCUACAGGGACUAAAAAGGGAAGCAAGUGGGAACUUGUUGGACGACCCUCCCCCUAAGCUCUGAAGCCUGGCAGGUUGGCAAGUGGUGUGUGACCCAGAACAAGUUAGACUCCAGAAGUCCCAACACACAGCAAAGAUGUAAAGUCUCCUUAACCUGGACUGUUCCAAGGAUCUGGCCAUCCACAAAGAAGUGCACCCCUGUCAUGGAUGGGUUUGACUGGCAGGAAGAUGAGUCCCCAGCAUCCUGUGCAGAAGGUUAUUAUCCAGUAAGGAAAGGGGAGACAUUCAAUGGAAGAUACCAUGUGGUGCAGAAUCUAGGAUGUGGCUACUUCUCAACAGUCUGGCUUUGCCAAGAUGUCGGGAAGAAGAAGUGUGUGGCUGUGAAGGUGCCGAAAGGUGGAGAAGAUUUUGUCGAGGCAGCCUUGGAUGAGGUACUCCUCCUUCGCUGUGUGAACAGUAAAAGGAGAAAAGACCGAGCCAGUGAACAUGUCAUACGUUUCUUGGAUGAUUUCAAAAUGAUUGGAGAGAACGGGUUCCAUGUGUGCUUAGUGUUUGAGUUGCUGGGGCCUUCACUGCAGACUCUACUGACUUGUCAAGGAGCCCAUGGCCUCCCAUUGCCUUUUGUGAAAAAAGCCACACAGCAGGUGCUCCAAGGCUUGCAUUUCCUGCACAAGGAAUGCCGCAUCAUCCAUGCAGACAUCAAACCAGAGAACAUCCUGCUGUAUGUCACAGAAGAAAGUUUGCAGACUCUCCUACAGAACAUGGCUUCCUUCAAACAUGGGACAGGAGGAAGGCCAAAGAGACCAGAAGAUGACAUGACUGCUCUUUUGGACUGUUGUAACCUAAUGAAAAUGGGAGUGAAAAUUGCAGACCUGGGAAGUGCAUGUUGGACUUACAAGCCUUUCUCCAGAAAGAUUCAGACUCAGCCCUACAGAGCUCUGGAAGUCCUCCUUGGAUUAGAUUACAGCACCCCAGCUGACAUCUGGAGUGCCGCGUGUCUGGCUUUUGAACUGGCAACUGGAGAGCGUCUCUUUGAACCCCAAGCUGGGCAGUAUUUCUCUAGAGAUGAGGAUCAUGUGGCUCGAAUUAUUGAACUUCUAGGCAGAGUUCCACCCAAGAUUGCCUUGUUCUGGAAACAGGCAUCAACUUUCUUCAGGAGACCAGGUGCACUUCUACGAAUGUCCUGGAUCUCCUCUUAUGACCUCUAUCACAUCCUUACUGAUAAAUACAAUUGGCCAAAGCAUCAGGCAGCUCCACUGACCAGUUUUCUCCUAUCAAUGCUGGACUAUGCCCCAGAAAGAAGAGCAGCAGCUGAGAAAUGCCUUCAGCAUCCCUGGCUCAGUACCUCUUAACCAGCUUGGUCUGGUUCUCAUGCUUUCUGUCAGUCCUAGCUUCUGAUUUAGAAAUGGGACAUACUCAGGACAGACAUUUCUUAGGGCCAAACUGGAGCUGACAUUAAUUGCAAGAAUUCAGUUAACAAGCAUUUUGUUGUUGUAUGAAUCUUGCAGCUGCAGGAGAGCUUGAGUAGGUCUGUGUGUGUAUGCUUAUUUUUCUCUCCUUGACAUGCUCUGAUAAAAAUCACCUUUCCUGAGCACUUUUAACAAUUUAAAAGGAAGGUGCUAUUCACACCAAGGGAAAAUUCUCUUGAAAUGCAAAUACAGUCGGCCCUCCACAUUUGCUUCUUUGACUUUUGCAGAUUUGAUUU